CCAAAGCACCUUUGCGGCCAGUGUCCCAGGACAAAUAUAUAAAUUGGCUUCACCUGGGUCAGGUGCCUAUUCUUAUCCCUGAAACGGCUGCCCAACGGCUAUGCUGUCAGUAGGGGCUAGAUUGGGCCAAUCUCCAUUUCAGAGGCAGUGCGCCUGGAAGUUUUAUGGUAGACACUUAGAGUUUCCUCCUGCAUAAGGCAAUGUUUCACUAGAAUGAUUUGUUCUGAUUUCUCCUUACAAAAUUCUGUUUCUUAGUAAGAAAAGGCAAUGUUCAUUCCAUUAGCAGAAUUCUGGUUAAAAUUCGUUUAGUGUUAAGUAUAAUACAUUCUGUUUUUUUAAUACAUGCUAUUAAUAUGUACAUGAAAAUAUUGGCUACCACUCUUUUUAAGAACAGUUUGUGGCCGGCGGCGCGGCUCAAUAGGCUAAUUCUCCACCUGCGGCGCCGGCACACCGGGUUCUAGUCCUAGUCGGGGCGCCGGAUUCUGUCCUGGUUGCCCCUCUUCCAGGCCAGCUCUCUGCUGUGGCCAGGGAGUGCAGUGGAGGAUGGCCCAAGUCCUUGGGCCCUGCACCCACAUGGGAGACCAGGAGAAGCACCUGGCUCCUGGCUUUGGAUCAGCCAUCAGUGUGGUGCACUGGCUGCAGCGCAGUGGCCAUUGGAGGGUGAACCAACAGCAAAGGAAGACCUUUCUGUCUGUCUCUCUCUCUCACUGUCCACUCUGCCUGUCAAAAAAAAUAAAAAUAAAAAAAGAAAAAAAGAAAAAAGAACAGUUUGCUUAUAAAAUGAGCAACUCUCAGGGUUAGAAAAGACUGUCACCUCUUUAAACUCCCUUCUAGUCCUUGAAUAUCUUCUAGGGCAUCCCCAGCAAGCUGGGAUGCUCAUCCUCCCACAGUGUGAAUACCUCACUUUACCCCCAGGAGCCCACUUCUUCUGGAGGGAACACUUCCAUCCUUGGACAGGCCUGAAGAUUAAUUUUUUUUCUUACUGCAAACAAUACUCUGUCCCCCCAUAGGCAGUCAGUGCCACCUCUGCUAAAUGAAUUCAUUUGUGUUUUACUUAGUGGGUACAUACUAUGUGUCUGACACUGUUUUAGGAACUUGGGUAACAUCAGUGAACAAAACAAAUGAUUGUGCAUUUGUAGGGAUGAUGUUCUAGCCUGGAUGUAGGAGGAAGAAAGAGAGAGAGAGAGAGAGAGAGAGAGAGAGAGAAUUUUUAAAAAAUCAAUCAUGUACUAUGUACCAAGGUGAUAGACAUUAUAGGAAAAAAAUAUAGUUGAAUGAGGGGUUGAAGGAGGACAGAAUUGCGAUUUUAAAUAGAAUAAGGUAGGCCUCAUAGCACACAGAUUGGAAGAUGAGAGGUUAGACUAAAUGCUCCCAAAUCCAUCUCUCUACAGCUCUGUAGUACUGGCUCCUUUUUCAUGUCCCAGGCCUAAGGAUGGUAAUAGCUGGGCAUCUUUGGAAUCUCAGCAGGGAAUCUAGACGCUUUCUCUUUUUGAAUUCAUUAAAUCCUCAUAGCAGCUCUGAGAGCCGCUUGUACCCCCAUCCGCACAGGCGUAAAUGACGCUCAGUGAAGCUAAGUAACCUGGCCAGUGCUGCAUUCUAGGAAGAGGAAGAGGUUGUCUCCGGCUCCUGGCUUUGGUCUUUAAGCUCUGGAGCAGAUGCUUUGGAGACCUCAAGCUUUUCUUCCCCAGGCCCGUGGCCUGUCCCUUUCCUGGUCUGUGAUUCCUGGGACGACAUUUAAAGGCCUUUCCUCUCCUGGGGUUUCUGUUGGGAAUCCUUUCCUUUUAUCUAAUGGCAGGGGACAAGUGAGACACCCGUGGUGCCAUCAACCCCACCUCAGCAACAACAUAAGUUUUGUAAGGUCAUGGUUAUGCUUUGUUUUGACACAUACUUGGUACUUUCAAAAGUUCGUGGAAAGUAGAAUUAAAAGAUAUGUAUAUUUUAGUGCAAAAAAGGAUAAAAUCCAUCCAUAGUUUUUUCAUAAUACUCAUUUCCACAAAUUUUUUGAAGAUCCCUCGUAUGUAUGGAUUUUCAUUUACCAUUUAAUUCCACUUUCCACAUACUUUUCAAGUGCCUUGUACAUAUUUUUCUUCAACAAAUGUCACUGUGGUUUCCAAGCCUAUGUGUGAUAUGUGAUCGGGCAGCCUUUUAAAAUGAUUUCCUGCUCAGCCAUAGGGUGAAAUUAUGCAAGCCAGCGAGUCUUGCAAACAGCUGCAUCAAAUUCUCAACACCUGCCAAAAAAAAAAAAAGUUUUGAAAAUACUUUUACAUUGUUUUUCAUGUUUGGAUUGGUUGGUUUUUUGUGGUUUCAAACUUUGAAGGACCCUCCAAUUCAUUAAAGCUGCAGUCCGAAACAGAAGUUGGGCACUUCAAAGAAUUUUGCAAAUCUGAGGCAGACAUAGAGUUCACUUGAAUUACAUUUCUAUGAACACACUUAAAACACCUUCUGGAAUUGGUCUGGGGAUUGUUUCUUACCAGAAAAAAAGCACACGACCAAGAAACAAACUCCCGGCUCUAGACCUUUACUCUGCCCGGCCCAGCUCCUUUACAGAGAUGCAGAAUCAGCUCUUGGCUUCUUGGCAGAGUUUCCCAUCUUGGGGGUCAGAUCUCCUCUCUGGUGAGACAAACGCAGCACCAAGCUCUCUUGACCUGCUGCAUCCUCCCCGACUUUUUAAGUCAAAGAGCUAGGAUUUCCUCAAAUUGUUGCCCUCGAUGUUAAGUGCAGAGGCCCUCUCCCCCUCGCCCCAGCUGCAGGGGCGGAGGAGAAUGGGAUGAAAGAUGGUGAGGACCCUUGGGGAGAAACUACAGCUAAGUGCACGGGACAGGAAAGGCGGGAGGGGGCGGGGAGGAGGCCGCGAGUCGAGAGAGAGAGGAGGGAAACGUGUCACCAGCCGGCCUCUAGGAGCUCCGCGCCCGUCGCGUCUGCAGGCUCUCGCCGGAAAGGCACUGAGGCUGGACCGGACCCCGUGGCAGGCAGAGCUGGGAGAAGGGGGCGGGGGAGAGCGCAGUGGCCACAGCCCCUCCUGGAGGUCGCUCGUUUCUCUGUGGUCAGAAAACUUUCUCAGUAAGACUGGAAACUUUUUCCCGGGCGCGCGGAGUGUGGGACGGAGGCGAGCGCCCGGUGUGCAUGCCACGGGGUGACUCACGCCGGAGACCCCACCGGGGUGUUGGCUAAAUUCGAGGUUUUAAGAAAGCCUGAGAGCCAGGAAGCAUCCCCAGGAGAAGCCCUUCCUGUGGGCCGCUGGAACCUUCUGGUCCUAGAGGUGAAACUGAAACCUGCCCUGGACCUAUGACCCGUGGCUUUGCUCCCAGCCUGCCUGUCGAGUUCCACAAGAUGGGCUCCUUCCGCAGGCCCAGACCACGUUUCAUGAGCUCUCCGGUGCUCAGCGACCUGCCGCGAUUCCAGGCCGCCCGUCAGGCUCUACAGCUGAGCUCCAACUCAGCCUGGAACAGUGUCCAGACUGCUGUGAUCAACGUUUUCAAAGGGGGUGGCUUGCAAAGCAAUGAGCUGUAUACACUGAAUGAAAACAUCAGGCGGCUACUGAGGAGUGAACUUGGAUCCUUCAUUACAGACUACUUCCAGAACCAGCUUCUCGCAAAAGGCCUGUUCUUUGUGGAGGAGAAGAUCAAGAUGUGUGAAGGUGAAAAUCGCAUUGAGGUUCUGGCUGAAGUCUGGGACCACUUCUUCACUGAGACUCUCCCCACCCUGCAGGCCAUAUUUUAUCCAGUUCAGGGUCAGGAGCUGACCAUCCGCCAGAUCUCCCUACUGGGCUUCCGAGACCUGGUUCUGUUGAAGGUGAAGCUGGGUGACCUGCUGCUACUGGCCCAGUCCAAGCUGCCCUCGUCCAUUGUCCAGAUGUUGCUCGUCCUGCAGAGUGUUCACGAGCCCACGGGCCCCAGCGAGGGUUACUUGCAGCUGGAGGAGCUGGUGAAGCAGGUGGUUUCUCCCUUUCUCGGCAUCAGCGGGGACCGGGGCUUCUCAGGCCCCGCACACACGCUGGCCAGGCGGCACUCCCGGGUCCGGCCCAAGGUGACUCUCCUGAACUAUGGCUCCCCGAUGACCACAGCCAGCCGGCCCCUGAAUGAGAUGGCCCUGACUCCACUGACGGAGCAGGAAGGCGAGGCCUACUUGGAGAAGUGUGGCAGUGUCCGGCGGCACACAGUGGCCAAUGCCCACUCGGACAUCCAGCUGCUGGCCAUGGCAACCAUGAUGCACUCGGGCUUAGGGGAGGAGGCUGGCAGUGAGGACAAGUGCCUGCUCCUGCCACCCAGCUUCCCCCCGCCACACCGGCAGUGCUCCAGUGAGCCCAACAUCACUGACAGCCCCGAUGGCCUGGAGGAGGUGGCAGGAGACAGCCAGGAGGACUCGGAGCUGAAUUGUGCAUCUCUCAGCUAAGCCACCACUGCCAAGACUUCCAGCUGCUGCUUUGCAACCUGGAUGAGGACCAUCCCAUGGGCCACCAGGGGGUUCUACUGUGGGCCAGGCCUGGUCUAAAUGCCCUAGGGGGAGUCCCUUGAUACAGACCUCUUCAGGAUGGGCACUGUGACCAGCUCUUGAUAGCCACACAGACCCAACUGCCUGCUGUUCACUUCCAGACCUCGGGCCUGGCCCCCCAGACUCACAGCCUCAUCUCUGGGCCUUUUGGAUCUCGAGCUACCUGAGGUGCCCAAGCAUACAUCCCAGUGCUCCUAGCAUCGCUGUGGACCCCACGCCAAACCCUCAGGAAUGUGCUGCCCUUUGUAGCUCCCCCUAGGCUCCCUGUGAUGCAGAAGCUUAGGGGCGCAGAGGUGGUAGAGCGGCACCUGCACCCCCUCCCGUAUGUGGCAUAGAGGAAGCCCUGCCACGUGCCUUCCUUGCUGUAGCUUCUCAGAGUUCCUGGGAAAGUGCUGCCCCGCCGGUGCCCGGGAGUCUGUCCUCACCUGCAUCCAGAUCCUGUGUGCUGCUCACACAAAGGCCUUGGCUUCCGUCCCAGGAGGCCCCCAGGAGGCAGCAGUCCUGUCUUUCAUGAAGCCUCAGCAUUUUCCUCUUGGGCUUCCUCCCAAGCCCCAGGAAUUCACCUCUGCGGGAGGAGCUGCUGCCUUCACCCCUCUCUCAUUUCAGAAACGGAUCAAUUUCCCGUCGUGGGUGUUAAGGGUCUGGGCACCAACGCAAGAGUCUGUAUACCUGGAUUUGACUUGAAUUUUUAAAAUGUAUAUUGUUUCACAAAAUCCUUUGCAAGUAUUUGCACGUAGGAUCUUGCACUGUUCCUUUCCAAGGGCCGGGGGUUGGGGUGUUUCCUUCAAACCAAGCAACAAGCAGUCCCGAUGGGAAAGGAGACUGGAAGUGAUUCAGGACAAAAUGAUCUGUGGUGGGCAGGGCUCCUAUGCCACUGAGCUCUGGGAGCAGCAGGACUCGAAUCCAGAAUGGCCUGUGUUUGUGAGUGUUGUGGUUUCCAGGAAAAGCUGCACCGGGAAGGGAGACUCAAUUUGCCUGAAGAGCAGAGAACCACGGCCGAUGGAAUGUGCCCGUGCUUCAGUUAGGGCAUGUGGGCAGGACUUUCUGGAGGAAUGAUUAUUCCCUGUGAUGAAAGACAUGUCUGGAAUUUCAAACAUGUGAGGGCUCAAGAUGCUAUUUGGGGCAGCAGGCCUUGGUCCUGUGCUAUGUCCUCAACCUUGCUGCCUCUUGGUCUGUGGGUGUUUUAUUCACCUUGGAUUCCUGUCCUCUUGUUUGUAGUUGUUGGCCUCCCUCACACACCCCCGCCACCCUCAACACACAAAGAGGGAAGGCUCCUCCUGGCCCUUUGAAAAGUUUGGUGGUGAAGUCUCCAGGUGAGAGCCCGCGACUUCUGGCAUGGCAGGAAGAGGCUCAGGUGAAGCUGUCCACGGAGGAAGCCCCCUAGGCUCAUCUAAACUCCGAUGGCAUUUCCCUGCUGGGUAAAGAUCUGAAAUAAAUCCAGCAUGGUGCUCUGGAUGGCUGUGACUUGGACAUUUUGCUUCAAAAUUGUUUUAUUUUCAUCGUUUUAAGGGAAUGAGAGAAGAAAAAAAUCCAAAGGAGAUCAAAUUAGAAAUUUGAAUGGAAAAAUAAUAUCUGUGUAUUUGUCAAAUAAAAUCUACAAAUUGACUAAUGUGCAUUAGCAAGUGGAAAUUCAGUAGGUAAUGGCAUGAUUUAUUUAACUGAUGGCUUCUGUCCUUGCAAGUACACUCAGCAUGCACUUGAAUCUAGUAUUUAUUGAUCUAGGCAGAGUAAUCGAUCAUGCUUGGGUUUGCUUUUUUAGUUUACAAGGUUAAUGAUAUAUAGGUUUUAAAUGCCUUUUCCACAUCUGAGGAAGAGAGCAGUCAUCAGUUUAGUAUAUGAGCUCUCGGGCUGAGAACAGGAGUGUCAGUACAGGCUCAGGGUACUCAGCUGCUAGUGAGUGUUAGCAGUGGAUGACUUUCCCUUUGUGCACAGGUGGUAUUCAGUACAUAUUUCUGAUCGUACACAUAGAGCUUCUGUGGGUGUUUCUAGGUGUGUUAGCCAUCCAAUGUAUUGCAGAGAUCGCUGUAGUGGUUUUAACCAGUUUUUCUGCCCUUUAUGAGAUGAAGAUUCAUGGUCAUCAUUUAUGCUCUAUUUUCCUGUGUCUGAGAUUUAAUGACAGGAAGCCAUUGCAACUCUCAACUCUGAAUGAGCUCCCAAACAAAAAAUCUUUCAUGUUGUCUGUUUGCAAGAUGGAUUUAAUAAACAUCAUUUUGUACAUGUUA